CCGUUCAAUUCAAACCUUCACCAGCCAAAAUGGGCGGCAGCAACGUUGUUUCUAUCACCACUAAGGAAGAGUUCAAGGAGAAGAUUACCGACUCCAAGGACGCCAUUGUUCUAGACUGCUUCGCCGAAUGGUGCGGUCCCUGCAAGGCCAUCGCUCCCAAGGUCGACGAAUUCGCCGCGCAGUACCCCGGCGCCAAGUUCUACAAGUUCGACGUUGACGAGCUGUCCGACGUUGCCGCCGAGCUUGGUGUCCGCGCCAUGCCCUCGUUCUAUCUCUUCAAGGACGGCCAGGUCGUCGACACCGUUGUUGGUGCCAACCCUCCCGCCCUGGAGGCUGGCAUCAAGAAGAUCACUGCUUAGAGUCGCGGUGUUCAAUCAAAGUGCAUAAUUUAGUGAAUUGAAAUUGUCCUCAUCUUCUUUAUAGUUCGUGCUUUCUACUGCACCCUGUAUUUAUGGUAUUGAAAGAGGUGGAUUUCUGGCAUAGAUGUUUCACUGCAUUGUAAUCGCAUGUCUUUGCUAAGCUAAGCCAAGCCUCUAUUGGCCUACGCAGGUAUAUUCAUGUUGAGCCUGUGUUUAAUUGGACUCUAGCCAAAUUGACAUUGAAUAGCACUAUGUUUGGUAAACCCGUGGCGUUAGCGUCAUGUUUUCUAGCAGGGCUAGGCAGGCCUCUCAGCUGCUGCAAAAACAGUACCAUCUUAGUCUGAAAAAAAAAAGACGCAAGAUAACAGACGGUAUAUCUUGUCGCCGAGCCAACAACUUAAAUCUACUAUACACAGAACUUUAUAAGACUCACCUGGUAAAUGUCUAAAAAUAGGCACCAGGG